AUGCAGGGUGUGCAGAGCACGAGCCUCUGUCUGCGACAGCAGUGCCUUUGCCUGGCUUUCCUGCUCCUCCACCUCCUGGGACAGGUCGCUGCAACUCAGCGCUGUCCUUCCCAGUGCCCAGACAAGUGCCCCGCGACGCCGCCGACCUGCGCCCCCGGGGUGCGCGCAGUGCUGGAUGGCUGCUCCUGCUGUCUGCUGUGCGCCCGCCAGCGCGGCGAGAGCUGCUCGGAGCUUGAGCCCUGCGACGAGAGCAUUGGCCUCUACUGUGACCGCAGCGCGGACCCCAGCAACCAGACUGGCAUCUGCAUGGUGGUAGAAGGAGACAACUGCGUGUUCGAUGGGGUCAUUUACCGCAGUGGAGAGCAAUUCCAGCCAAGCUGUAAAUUCCAGUGCACCUGCAGAGAUGGACAGAUUGGCUGUGUGCCCCGCUGUCAGCUGGACGUGCUACUGCCCCAACCUGACUGCCCAAAUCCAAGAAAAGUUGAGGUGCCUGGAGAGUGCUGUGAAAAAUGGAUCUGUGGCCCAAAUGAGAAGGGGACAUUGGGAGGACUUGCCCUUCCAGCCUUCAGGUCAGAAGCCACCCUAGGAGUUGAAGUCUCUGACUCAAGUAUCAACUGCCUUGAACUUACCACAGAGUGGAGUGCGUGUUCCAAGAGCUGUGGCAUGGGUUUUUCCACCCGGGUCACCAAUAGGAAUCGGCAGUGUGAGUUGGUGAAACAGACUCGGCUCUGCAUGGUGCGGCCUUGUGAACAAGAGCCCGAGCAACCAACAGAUAAGAAAGGAAAAAAGUGUCUCCGCACCAGGAAAUCUCUCAAAGCCAUCCAUCUACAGUUCAAGAACUGCACCAGCCUGCACACCUACAAGCCCAGGUUCUGUGGGAUCUGCAGCGAUGGCCGCUGCUGCACCCCCCACAAUACCAAAACUAUCCAGGUAGAGUUCCAGUGCUCCCCAGAGCAAAUCGUCAAGAAACCAGUGAUGGUUGUUGGGACCUGCACCUGUCACACCAGCUGUCCUAAGAACAAUGAGGCCUACCUCCAGGAGCUGAAGCUAGAGACCAGCAGAGGGGAAAUGUAACAUGUUCGUCAAGAAGCGUCCCUACAGAGGCAAACUAGGUGCAGCCUGACCCACAAUCAAAUGAACAUAAGAAAAAUAACAAAGAUUCAUUAUUUUACCCUUGAGUCCUAUGUAUUUUCUGUGAUCAU